GGUCCGGCGCGUGCAGCGGGCCCGCCCGGCCGCGAUGCGGGAGCAGCCGGGACUGUGCGCGGAGAGCGGGCACCGGCACCGGCACCGGCCAUGGAGCUGAGCACAGCUGCGCCCAGGGCGGGCGGCGCUGCCCUCCUCCUGCCGCUCUUCCUCCUGCUCUGGGGAACUUCAUACUCUGAAAAUGAUAGCGGCUGUUCCUCAUCCCCAUGUGAAAAUGGUGGGAGCUGUAAGGAUUUGGAAGUGGGUUACCAGUGCGCCUGCCCCGUGGAGCCUGUAGCCUACAUGGGCAAGAACUGCGAACUCCUCUAUGACGCGUGCGUUAAACACGCGUGUCCUGCCCCCAGGAUUUGCAACAGGACUCCAGGACUCCUGGAGUAUGAGUGCAUCUGCGAGCCUGGCUUCACAGGUGUUGAUUGUAACAUUAAUAUUAACGAGUGUGAGAGCAACCCCUGUAAAGAUCCUGGUUUUGAAUGUGUAGAUGGUGUAAAUGGAUAUAUCUGCAAAUGCCAAACAGGACUGAGUGGAGAAGGCUGCCAAACAGAAAGCUCCGUGUGCUCUAGCCACCCCUGCCUAAACAACGGGACAUGCGUCGAGGGUCCUGGGGACUAUACCUGCAUCUGCCAGCCUGGCUUUGGCGGAGCCAACUGCAGAGACGACAUUGACGAGUGCGCGUCCAGCCCCUGCCAGAACGGAGCCAUCUGCCGAGAGGGGCUGAACGAGUACAGCUGUUUCUGUGUGCCAGGCUUCCAAGGACACAACUGCGACAUAGACAUCAACGAGUGUGCGUCCCGGCCCUGUCAGAACAACGGCACCUGCCUGAACGAGAUGGAUCACUACGUGUGCAAGUGCGUCCCUGGCUACACAGGUGUGAACUGUGACACUGAAAUAGAUGAAUGUGAUUCAGACCCUUGCCAGAACGGGGCCCUGUGCAAUGAUCACGUUGGGUUCUACACCUGCACCUGUGCACCAGGGUUCCGAGGGAUCCAGUGUGAGGUGGACAUCAACGAAUGUGAGAGCCAGCCAUGCCAGCACAACGGGACAUGUCUAGACCUUAUUAACAGCUACGGUUGCGACUGCAGUGACACAGGCUUCGAGGGGGAGCACUGCGAGCUGGACAUCCUGGAGUGCGCCUCUGCACCCUGUCUGAAUGGGGCCACCUGUGAGGAGGGAAUCAAACACUACAGCUGUGCCUGCUGGCCAGGUUACGCGGGGCAGCACUGUGAAAAGGAUGUGGAUGAGUGUGCGACAAAUCCCUGCCACAACGGAGGCGUGUGCUUCGAGCGAUCCAACCCAGCCUAUUACGGAACACGACCUGACUUCCCCAGCAAUUUCAGCUACAGCCAAGCAGCUGGAUUCCUGUGCUGGUGCCAGCCAGGCUUUACAGGGGAGACCUGCUUUAUGAACAUCGAUGAGUGCGAGUCCCAGCCGUGUCAGAAUGGAGGGCUCUGCGUGGACCGUGUUGAUGGCUUCCUCUGUCACUGCCUGCCGGGUUAUUCAGGUGUGGAAUGUGCUGUUAACAUCAAUGAGUGUGAGGAGGGUCCCUGCAAGAAUGGAGCUGUCUGUGAGGAUGGCAUUGCUGACUAUACCUGCCACUGUGCCCCUAGCCAGGAUGGCAUUGUCUGGGGAGGGAAGAACUGCUCUGUGAAGCUCACUGGGUGCCAGACGCAUGACUGCCAAAAUGAGGCCUUGUGCAUCCCAACCUACCAAGCUGAGAGCCACGGCCACCUGUGCCAGUGCCAGCCUGGUUUCUAUGAUGCCACAUGCUCAACACCAACAACGUUUUCCUUUGCUUCCAGAGGGUAUCUCCUCAUUGAGCUGCCCGUGAACAAUCAGAGCAGGAGGGACGUAGCAGGAGAUCAGCUUGCCAGCGUGUCCCUCCGGUUCCGAACCACCUUGCCCAGCGCCAUCCUUUUUUACCGAGGCCAUGAAGCUGAGUACUUGUUCCUGGAGCUCUUUGAAGGCAUUCUGCAUGCGGGACUGAAGAAGGAGGAUAUUAGGUACUCGCUGCUCCUGGAGGGGCUGCGAGUUGAUGAUGGCCAGUGGCAUAAAGCUGAAGUUGAGCUGCACAGCAGUGUGCAGCUGAAGCUCUGGCACGACUCUUGUGACGCAGGUGUCUGCCUGCAGAGCUCUCCCGUCCCACACAGUGUGGCUUUGGUCCCGCACGCCUUCCUGAACAUGUCUGUCGGAGGUGCCGAGGAUCCGAUGGCCAACAACACAUGGAGCCAGCAGGGCUUUGUCGGCUGCCUGCAAGACUUUGAGGUGGACGCUGCAGCCGUGCUCCCGGUGGAUCUGCCCCUGGGCGAGUCGUCGCCGGUGGCACGGGGCUGCGAGCGCACCGAGUGGUGCCUGUCCCAGCCCUGCUUGCAUGGCGGGCUGUGCCUGGACCUCUGGACGACCUUCAGGUGCGACUGCUCCCGGCCUUACGGAGGCCCAGCUUGCUCGUACGAGCACCCAGCAGCAACAUUUGGCCUAGAGAAUUCCACCAGCUUUGCCUCUUUCACCCUUGCUGAUAGCCUUGGUGCAGACUUCAACAUCUCCUUUUUCAUUCGUAGUCGGAAACCUAACGGUUUGCUAUUGCAAAUCAGCAACGAAACAGAGCCCUGCCUCACCGUGUACCUGAAGAACGGCAAACUGAAGAUAGAGACGGCAUCUACGGAUAUUGUGACGUUACCAGAAAACUUAGUUGAUGGGAGAAGACAUUUGGUAGCUCUGUCUUUCCAAGCAGGAAUGGUUGGUGCUCUCCAAUCAGACACAUACCUGGAGCUAGGACAGCUCGUGGCAAGACCUCUUUUGGCUGGAUAUGAAGUGUACGUUGGUGGACACCCGGACCCAGGCAGCGCUGACAUGUGGGGAGGGUGUUUUAAAGGCUGUUUGCAGGACAUCCGGCUCAACAGCCUCCAAAUACAGUUUUUUCAGGUUGAGAACUACAGUCUGCCGCAGGAACUUAAUAGGACUCACAGUGGUAACCUUGUGAGUGGUUGCAUCUCUGAUGACACCUGCAAGUCUGAACCAUGUCAAAAUGGUGGCAAAUGCACCGUCACUUGGAAUGAUUUCCAUUGCAGCUGUCCAGCCAAUUUCACUGGGAAAUUUUGUGAAGAGAGAGUCUGGUGUGCAAGCGACCCAUGUCCUGAAGCUACCACCUGUACAGAUGUCCUAGCAGGAUAUGUGUGUCUGGCUAAUGCAACAUUCAACAAUUACGGUGCCCUUGAAUUUACCACCAAUACAUCAGUGACUAGAACUCUGAGCAGCGUCCGUGUGGAUUUCAGAACCAGGGAUGAGGAUGCUGUUUUGCUCCGGGCUGUGGAAGAAGUGGAUUCCCUGCAGAUAGCCAUUAAGAACUCCUCCCUGCUUGUUGACAUCAGGAGUGGGAACAGCAUCGAAGGCGUCAGCUUCCUGAGCCAGCAGCCGGUCACGGACGGCGCCUGGCACUCCGUCUCUGUGGCUAUGGAGGAGCCAUCGGCGCUUUCCUCCCGGUGGCUGGUUCAUUUGGAUGGGUCUGCUAAUGUGACUCUGCAGGGAAAUGCCGGGAACUUGGACUUCCUAAAGAACAGUGCCCUGGUUGUUCUGGCUGAGAAUUUCACUGGCUGCUUAGGACAAGUGAAGAUCGGGGGGAUCUACCUGCCGUUCGCUGCCCAUGUCUCGUACCCCCAGCCAGAACAGUUCCGCCAGGCCAGCACAAGAACCGUCCAGCUGGGCUGCGCUGGGGCUGAUGUUUGCGCCUCUGGCCCUUGCCUCAACGCCGGCACCUGCCAGGAUUUGUUCAAUGCCUUCAGCUGCGCCUGCAGCGCUGGCUGGGCGGGGCUGCUGUGCGAGUCCAACAUUGACGACUGCCAGUCGGACCCGUGUGUUCACGGGGACUGCGUGGAUGCCGUGGCGGAUUUCCAGUGCGAAUGCUUCCGCGGGUUCAUCGGGAAGCGCUGUGACAUCAACGUGGAUGACUGCGUGCGGCACCAGUGCCUGAACGGAGCCACCUGUGUUGAUGGGGUUUAUGGCUACUCCUGCAAGUGCCCUCCUCAGUAUUCAGGACCUCGCUGCGAGUGGCCGUUCCCGCCCGAGCAGUGCGGUAAGAACUUCACGUGUCUGAACGGCGGCAAGUGCACCAGUGAGAGCUGGGGAGCCAACUGCACCUGCCGGCCCGGCUUCACCGGGAGGACUUGUCAAAUCAAUAUAAACGAGUGCGAUCCAAACCCUUGCCAGAAUGGAGGCACAUGUCAAGACUCCGAGAACAAAUACGAGUGUGUGUGCAGUUCCAGCUACACUGGAGAGCGCUGCGACAUCAACAAAGGGACUCCAGGUGCUCUCUUCCCCUCCCCACUAAUUGAAGUAGCUGUCCCUGUAGCCUGUGGCUCUUUACUGCUACUCAGUAUUGGUCUCAUAUUCAUGAUUCUCACUGCAAGGAAGAGGCGCCAAUCAGAGGGAACCUACAGCCCGAGUCAGCAAGAAGUGGCAGGAGCUCGGCUGGAGAUGGACAGUGUCCUAAAGGUGCCACCCGAGGAGCGGUUAAUAUAGGCACUGCCCUGGCAAGGAGAUGCACCUGCAGGGUCUGCUCUGACCUUGAUCCUUCUCCAGCACUUGCAGCAGCACAUCCACCCUAUCUCAGUUCCCUAAGGCUCGGUAAUGAAGACGUGGACGUAGACGCACGGGGCAGACUGUGCAGUGGUGUGCAGCACUGGCUCUCAGGGAGCCUCUUGUCCCCUUUGCUGCCCCGUGACGGCCCCGGCCGGUCACCCCAGCAGCAGCUGUGGGUCUGAACUCACUCUGGCUCCAUUCCACCUCAGGCAGCAACGGCAUAGAUAAAUCUGCUUUAAAAGGCAGGAGUAAAUUAGGCGCUAAUUUACAGAUUAAGAUUUACAUAUACUUUUUAAGGAACAUUGUAUAGAGGGUACUUAUGAUUGGUUUGUAUAUACUGUUCUGUUUUUAUUGACAACUGAAACCCACUCAAAGCUUUUCCAGUUUAGGUGUAGGAGGUUUUUCAGAAGGAGUCAGUCUGCAACAGCAACAGCAGCUGUGACCUCCUGCCCUGUGACAGCCAGUGUUACAGGGAACUGUCAGGAAUUACUGAAAUCAUUGUACAAAUGGUUAUGAAGUGAUCUCUGUUAGACAUUCCCAUGGUACCACGCAGGCCAGGCGCAGGCAGAGCGCUGGGUCUGGGGACCAGUGCUGGAGCUGUCGGCAGGAACAGCUGCCACAUGCUGAACUCGGGGCUUGUGUAUUGGGGGCAGUGGUGAGCAGAACGGGCACCAGCCGCCUUCUGAGGUCCCUGGGCCCUUGUGUAACAGGGAGGGGACAGCGAAAGGGGGGACGCUCCUGUCUGGCACCGUGUCAGCACAGAGCACCUAGAGGUGCUGGGGCUGAGGGCUGUGAAAUGCUGCACUGUCCCCGCGGGAGCUCUGAGUAACACCCUGUUCUACCACAGCAGCCAGUGUGGGCGCAUCUUAGCAACUCCUCGGUGGUGGGAGCAGUCGGGGCUGCGGGGGCCGCCCUUCUCCUUGCAGUCGUUGCAGCCACGGCGAUUGCCAUGAAGAGGAGGAGAGCAACUCAGGGAACGUACAGUCCAAGCCGUCAAGAAAAAGAUGGGGCUCGAGUGGAAAUGUGGAACGUAAUCAAGAUGCCACCGACUGAGAGGCUGAUCUAAGACCUGGGGUCACAUAACAGGUGCCGUGUCAUCCUUUAAACCAUCAUGGAACUGCUGCGGUGUCUGUCUUAGGUGUGGAGCUGUGGUUUUGUAAGACAGGUCUGUAAGGCUUUAAGCUAUUAAUACUCCAUCGGUACAGGUGACCGCCCGCUCUCACGAGGCAGCAGGAGUCAACUGCUUGAACGAGCUGGGUUAUUUGUGUAAACGGGUCUGCCAGAGCAGGAAAGUCGGGGCGGGGGGGGCGGGGGCAGUUCUGGAGGGGCCAGCGGAGCAGAGGCAGCGAGCGGUGGCAGCGCAGGAGGGGCGCAGCCCCGCCGCCAGGACCGCACGCUGUGGCACCAGCAGAGAGGUGGCCGGGCCACCUGUGGCCCCUGGGGAGUCACAUGGGGCCUGCACCCUCGGAGCUGUCCCUGCCACCCGGCACCAGCAAAGGUGCUGCACAAGUAAGUGACGCGGGUCUCAUUAAUAGGAAUUAAACUACUGUAUCAAGAAAUAAUGUGAAUAAUGUGGCUGUUUCAAAAAAGGUGUCUGUGCCUCCUCUGCAGAGCUAAGCCAGGUGAUGGGGGGGAUAUUUCCCAGAGCUGCUGUCCUGCAGCUCAGCCAGGGUUAGCGUUAGCACCUACUGCUGUGCUGUGUUAGACACGCCUGCUACAUCUUUUCCGAAGAAUAGGAAUAAUUUAAGUGCCUUUGUGAGACUGAGUUGCCAGUUACAGUAUUAAGUUUGUGGGACAGAGGCUGUUUAUAUGUACAAACCCGCUGGCUGCGUGUCGGGCUGUGGGCUCAGUCACCGCGAGGAGCUGAUGGCUCGAGGACAGAGCGUCCGCCGUCCACGGGGUGAGAGGGGGGACACGUUUCCAGAGCCCUGGGACACACAGGCUGGGCCUUGUCAUACAGGGGAGUGGAGAUUAGUUAACGUAACGGUGACUUUUAACACAAAACCAGGGUUUGUGUUGUAGCAAGACACAGCAUUCUAUGUCCACAUUGCCCUCAAAAGGGUAAUUAUUUUGUGGCUUUACAUCUCCUUUGUUACUGAUUUAGCUGUUAAAUGUGCUAUUUCUUCUUCAGUGGGAUGUGGCAGAGCCUGUGGAAAGAAACGCAGCAGAGCAGGCCCAACAAGGUCUGAAAAUGAGUAGCAUUUCAGGGUAAUUACUACACCUAUUGAUGAGAAAUAUUUUAGAAACCAGUAUCUGGUUUUUAAUCUCCCACUACUAUUAAUGAGCAGGGACACUGCCCACCGCAGCUCGUGGCACCGCAAGGAACCGCUCUUCUGCUUUGCUCUUGGAUUUGUUUUGCACUGCAGCUGUAACUUUAAUUCUAAGCAAAGGGAAAAAGCACAAAACGAUUGCUCAGCUCUGUCUGGUUGAGAACAGCUCUGUCUGGUUGAGAACAGCUCUGUCUGGUUGAGAACAGCUCUGUCUGGCUGAGAACAGCUCUGCACACACGACUGCAGAUACAAGGUAAAAAAUGAACAUUUUGGAAAAUUGAAAAAAAAACCCCAAACGACCCACCCUUGGGAGACGUGACAGUAUUUUGUGUGAGAGAUUUUUUUUUUAAUUCAGCCCAUAAUGAUUUGUAACACACCUUCAGCAACCUUAGACCACGCUUUGGGUGUCAGACCUGCUUAAACCUCCAGGCUGUUCGUUGCCAGGAGAGGCCUGUACUUCUGCUUUUUAGCUCCGCUACACUUUUUGUGUUUGUUUAAAUUGUAGAAAAAUGAUGGCAGCAACAGGAUUUAAAUGAGCCAAUAUUACCCCAGCCUGUGUCAUUCUGAGAAGAAAACCAGAAUUGUGUUAUAAGAAGUGAUGGGUAUAAAGCUGCUGAACUAUCCCCCGCCGCAGUACGGGGCUGCGCGGCCGCUGCGCCGGAGCAGCAGAGCCCGCCGUUUCAGUCCGAGCACCCAAAGCCGGUACAAGCAAAAGUGUUAAAUACGUUGUCAGUGUCUUGAGCAUUUCUGCAAAAUAAUUUAUGAAAGUGUUUUGUUUUGUUUUCAAUUAUGAACUUAACUUUCUUUUGAUAUUUAAUGUUUGAAUAUAUUUUUUCACAGAACUGGAUUUGCUGUAGUUAAUGAUUGUGAUCCUGAUUUUUUUUUUUUUUUUUUUGUAAUUGUAAAUUUUAUAAUUUGUAAAAAUUAGAACAUCCUUCAAAAGAAAUUUACAAUAAAAUUUGGUCAAGAAUUGGCCUGGUUACCUUGA